AUGAAGGCGGCCUUCACAGACAAGCAGCUAGAAGAAGGUAUCGACCGCGUCCUCGCAGGAGAGAAGCUCGCAGCCGUGGCCGACCCGUCACCAGUGUCGUUGUCAACACUAAAGCGCAAAGUCGCCGCGCGCAUCGAAGGUCGAUCUAUUGAGCGCCAACGGCCCGGACCUGCCCCCCUGCUGCCUCCCGAGUGUGAAGCCGAUCUAGUGACAUGGAUCGCUGCAAUGCAGCGUCGUCUGGUCCGACAAGCAAUGGUGCAGGAGCUGCACUCCAAGCGCGUGACAACAAUGGCGCCGAAGUGCCUGCAGUGGAGCCGCUGUUCAUCAUCGAGAGCGCGACGGUUUGAGUGA